AUGCGUAGUGGAAGAACAACAGCUGCUUCGAUUAAAGUUUCGGCGAAUUCAUUUACGAAAGAUAUUCAACGACAAAUUCAAAUUUAUGAGAAUGCAUCGUAUAACUUAUCUCAAGACAAUAAUCCAUUAUUAUUUUGGCGUGAACAACAACAAACUUUGCCGAUUUUAUCCAACAUUGCAAAAUCUGUGUUUGCUAUACAAGCGUCCUCAGAAGAAUCUGAGCGACAUUUCUCGACGGCGGGACAAAUUGUUACAGAAGAAAGGUCCCAACUGGAUCCUGAAUGUGUAGAAUCACUGGUUGUAUUAAAAGAAGCAUAUUUGAACAAGAUAUGGCCUACGUCAAAAUAA